AUGAACCAUCGCUUCUGUGCUAUUGCUGGUGCUGUUAUCGCACUCACUAGCCGUGUGCAAGACGCCGUUGCGAUGAUGCAAGGGAAGCUGCAAAUCUACAGGGACCCAGCUUUCAAGCGACUCCGCCGGAUCAUUGGCAUUUCGAUCCCGAAUCUGUGCUACGAUAUGCCCUGUGCUGACCUCAGUGGCAUUAUCUGUUCAGCCAAGUGGACAGGUCUUCCAGCAAAGGGGUCCCCUUCUGAUAGCGACCAAGUGAAGAUUGCGUUCUAUGCUGGUAGCAAUUGUACAGGUAAGUUCGUCCUGCUGAAAACAAGUGCAGGACAGGUACUUGACUUUGCCGAAUUUGGCCUGGACCAUGCCGUCACCUCUUUUGCGGUGCUCGAGACGUCAAUGAUGAUGAUGCACUUAUCCAGCAACAUUUGUGAAUGGUAG